UUCCAAAAAUCAUCAUCAUCAUCAUUGAAAUUUUCAAUGAUUCUGACAAUCAUCAUCAUCAUCAUCAAUUUUAAUGAUUGUGAAUUGUCAACACUAGUGACAAAAAAUGUAUCACUAUUCAAUGAUGAUAAUCUGGAUGUCCUUUAUCUAAGUAAAGAUAGUUCGAAUCGAAAAUUGUUCCAUAAUAAUAAUAAUGAUUCGAUGAUACCAACAAAUUUGAAUGAAAAUUUUCAAGAUUUUUCCAUUACAUUUGAAAAAAAUCAACUUAAAAAACAACGUCAACAGCAGCCUCAGCAGCAGCAGCAGCAAUCACAAUUUUUAUAUGAUGAUAAUAUAAAAGAAGAAUCAUCCGUUCCAUAUACGGCAGCAUUAGCUCCAAAGACAAAUUUUUUAUCAAAAUCGAAUAUAAUCGAUAAAGAAUCAAAGAUUGUUAGUUUGAAUAAUAGUCGUACAUAUGUACCAGUAUCAUUGACCGAAAACGGUGACGAAGAUGAUGAUGGUGAUGAUAUAGUACAACCGGCACCGGUUUUCAUACCAACAUCGACAACAACAACAAAAUUGAAUGAUUUCAAAUCAACUACAUCACCAUCACCAUCAGUAUCCGUAGCAAUGAAACCACGACGUAAAAAGAAAAAGAAACGUCAACAAAAAAUAUCUAAUAACAACAAUGGUACAUUAUCAUCAUCGUCAUCAAAACAUAAACAUGGACGACGACGAACAACUAAACCGCCACCACCACCACCAACAACAUCGGUGUUACAACUAUCAUCAACAUUAUCAUUAGAUAAUUUUGUUGGCCAUCAAAGUUUUCCAUCAACAUUAUCUGAUUAUAAAAAUCAAUCAAUCAAAAAUCCAAUCGUUGAAAACAAUUAUAUACCGUCUAUGGAUACAUUGCCUUUGUCAUCUGCAAUGAUUUUGAAUCAUCAUCAUACAAAUAUUCGUAAAGCUAAAAACAAUCAAACAAUAACAAUGAUAAAACCAAAAGAUCCAGAAUCAUCAAUUGAUAUUGAUUAUAUGGAUAAUACAGAUGUUGAUGAUAAUUUAAUGAUGCGAAACAAUCAUAGUAACAGGAACAAUAAUCACUAUGUUUCUAGUCUUGUUGAUGAUAAUGAUUAUCUAAUGAUGUUGUCAGCUGAAAGUCAACGUAUUGAAACAGUGGCUAAACCUGAACGAUCCAAAAUGAUUAGUGAUGCAACAACAUCGUAUUCACCACAAAACAUAGAUAUUAAAUCAAUAUUUGGCAAUUAUAAAAGUCCUGAAUUAACAAUUGAUCCAUUCAAAUUAUAUGAAGAUGCAAGUAAAGCUGAUGCAAAGAAUAAUGGAGCAAUCGAUGUAACAACAACGGCAGAUGAACGUAGUAAAUAUUCAAAGAUUGUAAAUCAAAUAUUCGACGAUAAAGAUGGUGUGGAUCGUGUCAUUGUUGAACGGCGACCAGUUUCAUCGUCAUUGCCAUCAUCAUCAUCAUCAUCUGUCAAGGAUUUGGAUAAUUUUCAGGUUAUAUAUGCAUCGGGUGUCAACAAUAACAACAAGGAUAAAUCUGGAAAAAAUUCACCAUUUACAUCAUCAUAUGACAAUCACAGGACGAUCAUAGCCACCACAACAACGAUUAUCGAUCCGAAAAAUAAUCCCGUUGUGAAUACAAGAAGAUAUAAAAAGAAAAAAUUGAAGAAUAAUAAUCCAUUGUCAUUUUAUUAUUCAACAAAUGAUGAUGAUGAUGAUAAUAGCCAUAAUAAUUUUGAAUCAAUUGAUCAUCAUGAUGAAGCAUUGAAUCCAAUCUAUCCUUUACAUAAUAAUCCUGGUAAUCAUCAUCAUCAUCAUCGUCAUCAUCAUCAUAACCAUAACCAUAACGAUAAUGGUAAUGUUUGA